AUGGCAUCGGCUAUCCCAAGAAGGACGGGAUCGAGUGGCAGGAUUGACGACAAGGCUCGCGCACUUCUACAGCAACGCGCUGUCGGCCAUCACAACCCUGCAUCAACACCAUUGGAGCGCGCCGACCCACAGAUCGAAGAGUGGGAGGAGGAACACGCCUUGCGUCAAAUGAAGCCGGGGAAGGCACCAGGACCUGAUCGCAUCUCAGUAGACUUUCUGAAGUCGGCGUCUUGCACCGUCAUAAAACAGCUCACCAAUUGUUACAGCUUAGGCGCCAUAACAGGUCCAUGGACGCGCAAGAGAUUCCGGACCAAUGGAAGACGUCGAGCACGCAGAGCUACAGCGGAUGGUGGAGGAACUGAACAAAGUCGGCAAAGCUAUCGGCCUUGCGAUGAACCGGAGCAAGACCGAGGUCAUGGCAAUGAGUGGGCAGAUGCGUUACCCUUCACACUCGAAGGCACUGCUCUACCGUAUACCAACCGCUACGUAUACCUUGGUCGGCUCAUCUCCAUGGACAAUAAUUUGCGCGAAGAAAUUAUGAGACGCAAAAAAUGCGCUUGGACGGCAAUGGGACGCAUAAAAGAGGCGGCCCAGCUCAUUUCGGAUAGGAAAAUACGAGCUCUGUUCGACUCUACAGUACUGCCUGCUCUUCGUUACGCAUCCGAGACGUGGGCGGAGAACAAGGCGUCUACGCUGGUGUUGACACGUGCCCAACGAACAUUGGAACGGACCCUGCUGAAUAUCAACCGUCGUGAGCAGAGAUGUCGCAAUCUGCACAGUAUAGACAUGCGCUCAGUGGGGCAUCCUUGA